AUGCUCGCACGGCCGGCCCUGGGCAACCUCUUGAGCGUCGCUCUCGGCCACGCCGGCGGCGGCGGCGGCGUCAGCGACCGGCACCACCGCCGGCGGUCGGCGGACGGCGUCCUGCUGGCGGUGACCGCCGGGGUUUCGCAGUCAAUAGGCGUGUUGGCGAUGGGGGUGGUGUUUUCCAGGGCCGUGGCGGCUGGAGCGGACGCCGGCGUCGUGUCGUUCAGGCUCGUCGCUGCUGCCUUCGUCGGCGUGUAUCUGGCGACGCUCUUGGUGUCUUCCUCGAGCGGGACGGCGGGGUCCAGGGCGCGAUGGCGCUGCGGCGGCGGCGGCGGCAGCGGCGGGCCCUGGCUCGCCAUGUGUGACUGCGUGGAGGAGGCGACGGCCGCGAGCACCGUGUCGUCCCCGCCGAUGUCGUCGUACACGCUGGGGGAGGUGUGGGGGGGGGAUCAAGCGGGGGGCGGGUGGGUCGCGGGUGCAAGCGACCUGGCAAAGGAGUCUUGA